AGGCGCUGAAAUUUAUUCUGAUGAUACUGAAGUUAGACGUCUAAUAAUUUUUUGAUUUUUUAAAAAAAUGAUUAUGAUCAUUUUUAAAAUUUUAAUAAAUUCAAAUUUAAUUCACUUAUUUAAAAAUUUUUCGAAUUGACAGCUACAUUCGCACUCGUCAUAUUUGUAUCUUCUUUUCUUGACUUUUCUUCUUUUUGGGGUCACUAGAUCACUGUCACCGGCCAUCUUGUAUUUUCUACUAUGUUAGAAAACAUAACCUCAUGUAUAACAAUUACUACUUAGUAUUUUAAUAACAAAUAUAAAAUUAAUUAUUUCAGUUUUUAUUUUUUAUCAACAACUGAGCCUGGGUAUUGGCACUUCUAGUUCUAGAUAACAUGAAUCCUAAGCAGCAAAUUUCUGAGUGGUUAAACGAGGUAGUUGUGAGUCAAAAUGACAAGAUAAAGAUAGAAAAUCUCUCUAAAGUUCAAGAAUAUUUACUGCAUAACGAUCCCCAGCAAACAAGCAGUAGUUUUGGUGAUCUCUUGUCAUUUUGUUCAGACUCAAAUAAAGAUGUGAGGAGGCUAGUUGCUGGUUUCAUUGAACAAGCUGGUGAUAAGUAUCCAGAUAAAAUUCCUGAAAUGCUGACACCUCUGAUCCUUUUGCUCAGUGACAGAGUGCCAGCAGUUGUAAAACGUUCAACCCGUACUAGCAUUCGCAUUCUAACAUCUGCGUUAAAAUGGAUUGCCAACUCAUCAGUGACACCGGAAAUGGAAACCGCUUGGAAUAAACUGAGUACCGUAAAAACUCAGGUCAUGAAAAUGAUCGACAGUGACAACGAGGGAAUACGUACACAGGCUAUUAAAUUUCUUGAAGCCGUCGUGCUGCUGCAGACACACCCCAACCCAGAGAUACAAAAAAAUCCUGGUGAUUUUUCACUAGAAGACGUACCGCUGACUCUUAAAAUACUGCGGCAUCGCAAGCUUGAGGAAGAAGCCAAUCAGGUCAUGGAUUUUCUGAUUGAAUUUCAUAGUUCGCCGCACGUAACCAGCGUUAACUUGAUAACUUGCAUGGGGACUAUCGUCCGGAUAGCGAAAAUGCGCCCGCAGUUUAUUGGCAGAGUCAUCGAGGAACUAAAGCGCCUGCAGGGCAGCCUGCCGCCAACGUUGUCUUCAUGGCAGAUCCUCAGCGUGAAGAAACAGUUGGAAAAGUCACUGCAGGAGUUGAGGAAUCAUUCAGCUCGAGUUAGAAUCAAGCAGGAGCCUGUAGACGACCUAAAUCAUGUAGCCAAGCGCCAACUGGAGACACCAGCAAGCAGCUCAAUUAAGCGUACGAAAUUCGAGACUUCUCCAGCGAAUAUUGAGUUGUCUGAUAAUUUUAUACUCCAACGUCUAACUGUUGAUGUUGCUACCGAGUUAGUGAUCGACGGAAUGAGCCGAGUUCCGGAUGAAAUGACUGGAGAUAAAUUUUUACAAAAAUAUCCUGACUUCUCUGUUCCUCAUGAUCUAUCGUCUCAACGUGGUGAAAUUGCUCACUUGCUAGCUGCCCAAUUGAAACAAACUGCCCGUAAAAAAAAUGAUGAUUCUAGAAAAAUUAGUAAAUCACCAAAAGACGUAUCAGGAAAAAUGAAUGAUUCACAAAAAAAAUUGAAACUACCAAAAAAUGAUGAUGAUUUUGUAAUGAAAGACUUAAAUCAAGAGCCAACGGACACUUCUAUUAAAGUAAAACAGGAAAAUGAUGGUCAAGAAGGCUUUAAUAUUCCACAGCUUUCGAAAGCUACCCAGCAAAAAAUGCUAAUGAUAACAAUUGACAGGAUCAUCAGUUCAGAAAAUUCGCUUCCAGGUGGAGUUUUAUCAAAUCGUUCUAAAAUAUUACUAAGAUUAGCGACACUAAACCCUGAAAUAAAAAAACUUGUCCUGCUGUAUAUUUCUGAGGACUUGGGGACAAGACUAGAUCUGGCUGUUGGUUUGCUGUAUGAAGAGUACGCUCUGGACCAGGGAUUCAAAAGACGGAUUUUAAUAAAUAGCAGCAAGCAAGAAGCGCCACUGCAAGCUUACAAUAAUCUGCUGUCAACUUUGGUGGCUCUGAUAAAUUCCCACAAAGAUUGUGAUCUAUUAUUAGCACGUCUGUACUUGGACGUUCCUCUGAUAACUGAGGAAAUGGUGGACUCGUUGAAGAUCAUCUGCGACGUACGCGCUAAUAGUUCUCUUUACUUAUUAAAAGACUUGAUCUCCCUAAGGCCUACUAAGAAGUUACAAUUCCUGAAUAUUCUACUCUUCCAUUCGGGACACCAGCAAUCGGCUAUCAGCGAGCCUGCCAUCAGCAUCAUAGUCGAGCUCUGUGCCCGCGAAGAUCUCAGUAAAUUUAUUUCCGAGUACGCAGUGAUAUAUUUAGGAUUCCUGGGACUUGAAUCUCCGCCGGAAGUUCUCUUUGGGCGAGACCGCGGGCGGGAUCAAGUAGAAACCCAAUGGUCUGAAUCAACAGUACGGGCUUGUCUAGGUCUCUAUCAAGUUCUGCUGCAAAUAAACAAGGGUCUAAUUAAUCAGCUAGCGCGUAUUUACACGUCCAUGAAGCCCAAUGUUAGAAGAUUUGUUAUAAAAUUGAUGGAAAGUUCAAUACGUUCAUUCGGAAUCGAUUCUCCUGAGUUAUUUACCCUCGUGGAAAACUAUCCCAGAGGUUCAGAAACUCUGGUAACACGCAUUCUUCAUAUAUUAACUGAAAAAGAAGUACCAAGUCCUGAACUAGUUUCCUGUGUCCGCAAAAUAUAUGAAACCCGUUCCUUGGACGUGCGUUUUUUGAUUCCUGUGUUGAAUGGACUGACCAAAAAAGAAGUCAUUGCCAUCUUACCCAAACUUAUCAAGCUGAACCCAUUGGUCGUGAAAGAAGUCAUCAAUCGGCUGUCAUUCGCAGCCAAUAGGAACGCAGAUCCAUCACAGAAAUCGCCAUUGACUCCUACUGAACUGAUGAUUGCUCUGCAUAACUUGAAAUCUACCGAAGUUGAUCUCAAGACUCUGGUCGCUGGCACCGCGUUAUGUUUCGCUGAAAAAGAAAUUUUUACCCAAGAAAUACUAGCGAUUGUCAUAAAUCGGCUGGUCGAUCAAACUCCCUUGCCGAUUUUACUCAUGCGCACUGUAAUGCAAGCUUUGAUUCACCACCCGCAGCUCAGUGAGUUCGUUUUGAAUAUUUUGCAGCGGCUAGUUUUGAAAAAAAUAUGGACCAACCCAAAGCUUUUUGAAGGAUUCGCUAAAUGCUGCUGCCGUCUGCAGCCUCAGAGCUUCGCGGUUAUUCGACAAUUACCUCAGUGUGAAAUUGAUCAUUUAUUUGAGAUCGUACCUGAAUUAAAAAAUAAUUAUGUUUGUUAUUUUAAGCCUAAGAUUGAAGUCUUCGAUGAUGAUGAAAAUGACAAUGAUGAUUAUACUAAUAGUAAUGAUAAUAAAAAUAACAAAAAUAAUGGUACUGCUAAUUAAUUAGAAAUUAUUUAGUCAAUUUUUUUUAUAAAAAUUUAAUUACUUAUUAUUGUUUAAUUAAUUAAAAUAUUAUUUUUCAAUAAAACAAUUUUUUUAUACUGAAUUCA